AUGAAGAUGAAGAUGAAGAAGAAAACGGCAGAGGAAGGCAGUGAGGCAGCUCAGGCGUCGGAAUCGGAUAACGAUGCGCCGGAUGCUCCUCCAAACAGAGGGAUAUCGAAGCUCGAUUUUGUCAUGAGGAUCGUCGCGGCUAUAGCCACUCUCGGAAGUGCUAUUGCUGUUGGGACUUCUUCUCAGAUGCUCCAUUUUAUCCGCCGGUUUAGGGUACAGCAGCAUCACGACCUCCCGGCAUUCUCGUUUUACGUUGUUUCUAAUGCUGUGACGUGCGGUUACCUCGUUCUUUCGCUGGCGCUGUCAAUUUUCCAUAUCUUGAAGAGUGGAGCUAAGGUGACGAGGACUGUGUUGAUCGUACUCGACAUGAUCAUUCUGUCUCUGUUGACGGCUGGGGCCUCGGCUGCAGCUGCUGUCGUGCACUUAGCCCACAAGGGCGACGUCCAGGCCAACUGGUUUGCUAUCUGUCAGCAUUCUAACACCUUCUGUGAGAGAGUUUCGGGCUCUUUAGUCGGAUCCUUCAUCGGAAUUCUUGUCCUGAUGCUGCUUAUAUUGCUGUCUGCUGUUGCAAUGUCCAGAGUUUAAGAGCUUACCAUUCAUCCCCUGUCUUGAUCAAUAUUAAGUUAUUUAAGACCAUGAUGUGUGUGAUGUACUCCCAUGGAGAAAUAAAUUGAUUCUUUGUAAUUCAUCGAAUUCGGUUUCCA